AUGGUAGAGGGCAUGUUCCACACAUUCCAGGCAACGACGGCUCCACCAGAGCCGGUUGAAGUGGAAUCAGGGAGGAAAUCAUACAAGAGGAUAUCAACGACCAAUGCAUGCGUGGAGUGCAGACGGCGGAAAAUCCGAUGUGAUGGCAACACUCCCUGCGGACGAUGCGCCUUCUAUCAGCAGCCGCAGCGCUGCACCUACGCCAAACCCACGCAGCGGGUGGUACCAUCCAAAAAGGCACUGGACAAGCUACAACACGAAGUCGAGAUCUACCAUGCCAUCGUGGACCGCAUGUUCCCAGGCCGGGACCUCAAUACACUUCUAGCGCUUCCGCGAGAACAACUUGUCGAUCUGGCAGUAACGUUGCCAGCACCGCGUCGGCCGUCGUCUAUCCCGCCGGAGACAGGGCUCGAUCCAGGAACCAGCCAUACCGGCACUUGGAGCUCAGAGGACGCAGAGAGUCUCGAUGCGCUGGAACAGGCGCCAGAGCGAGACCCAGAGAUUGACGAAGCGAAACGACACCGGCAUAAGGUCAACGCCAUAUCUGACGACGUCAAUGGUCUUUCAUUGUCCGUGGACAAGCAGUCGUCUUACGUUGGUAUCUCCUCCAUCAGCGCAGCUCUCAAGGUCAUCUUCAAGACAGCACCUAUUGCGGGGCCCUACAUAGCCCAAACUUACAAUCAGACUGUCCCGCCGAGUCGGAGCACCACUCCUCCGCUCAACCCUCGAAUUCUAGAUCCACAUUACCUGCCCUCCCCCGACGUUGGCCAUAAGCUGAUUGAAUCUUAUUUCAACCACGUCCAUGUCCAGAUGCCGAUGAUAGAUGAGGACCAUUUCUGGCGCACCUACCUUUACGAUGACCGUCACGAUCCGCCCUGGCUUGCUUUGCUGAAUAUGGUCAUGGCGCUGGGGUCAUUGGCAGGCUCUACUUGCGACAAUGAGGAACACUACGCAUACUUCCAGCGAGCCCGCCGGCACCUGGAUCUCGAGACAUUCGGCAGUGGCAAUCUUCUCAUGUUGCAAGCUAUGGGAUUGUUGAGUGGCUACUACUUGCACUACUUGAACCGUCCGAACGAGGCAAAUUCGCUCAUGGGAGCAACGCUCAGGAUGGCCACUGCGCUUGGUCUUCACCGCGAGUACGACGUAAGCUUGUCUUCCGGACCUUCAAGCCAAGGAGGGCGAUCAGACAACCGGGAGGUGCCCGCCGGCAUUAGAAGAAGGACAUGGUGGACUUUAUUUUGCCUGGACACUUGGGGUAACGUCGCGACUGGCCGGCCCUCACUCGGCCGAAUGGGUCCCGGUGUUACAGUAGGGAGUCCCAAGAUCCCCGAGCAAAUGAACAAUGCACAAUACAUUGCUUCCCUCAGGCUUCUUCCAAUCAUCCAUAACAUCGAGUUCUGUAAGCUGGCGACUCGCAUUCAAGACAGCCUGGCGGCGAGACCAUUGUGCAAAUUCGAAGAUUUGUUCGCCUUCGACGCAGAACUGGUCAAAUGGCACGAUGAGCUCCCUCCGAUCCUCCGGGACUCGUACUUGAGUGGGCUCGCGACCCAACGAAAGAACUCGGCUUCCGAAGGUAUGCAGCCAGUGCAAACGACACCUGCCCCUGCACACUCCUCGAGACGGACUCCGUUCGACUUCGCUCAGCCGCCAGACAGUGACUACGUUGCUUGCCCUGACAUCCUCAAGACUCCAGUGGCGGUCAUGCACUGGCGAUACCAGAAUCUUCGCAUGCUCAUGCACCGACCGUAUCUCCUGGCGGCAGCGCUGCGCCGGACACGAUUCGCUGGCAUGGGUGCAGAGCAAAAGAUCGCUGUGACCCGGUGCCGCGUCAUAGCUGGACAGACCAUUGCAGACAUUGACGCUACAUGUCGGCUAGAAUUAAUCGCCGGUUGGGCUGCUGUAUGGGAGAUGCACCAGGCGGUCAUGGUGCCGCUUGUGUCUCUGUUCUCCCACAUAUCGUUGUCGACGAAGAACGAUGAUGCCGAGAACAGCAGCGAGAGCAGUCUGUUCUCUGGCGCGACUGAUGAGGAGGUAGAAAAGUGGAAGUGGCAGAUCGAGACCGCGCUGCAAUUUUUCGACAAGAUGCGCAGCUAUUCGGUCGCAGCCAAGAAGAGUAAGGACGUCGUGGAGAGGUUGUACGAAGCCAGCAAGCACGUUCAGCGACAUCGUGAGCAGCAGACGCAACCCCCUCGCCCUGCUCAGUGCGCACUUGAUGAUGUUGCCCAAGCUUCCGACACAACACUUGCUCACUCCAACGAUCUACCAUCGGCCUACCCAGCCGACUUUGGACAGCUCGUGGCGUUCGAGGAGCCACUCCUUCCCAGCCCGGACAACGACGCCGCGAUGGAAUCUUUCUGGGACGACAUGCUGUGGGGCACCUUCCCGGAGACUGGGGACUGGAUGCAAGGCCUCCAUCAGUUUGACUGGCCCGCGGCAGAUUGA